GAAAGUUCCUUGUAAAAAAGUGUCAAUAAGAAGAGUGUAUUGUUGGGAUGUCAUAAAUGCUGUAUUCGAAAUGCUUUGCUAUGCCCUACUACAGGCACACGAUGUGGUCGCCCGCGAGGUCUACGGCGAGGAGUCGCUACGAGCCUCGCCGCCCCCUGUCAACGGCCGCACCACUGCACCACCGCCUGAAGAUGAAGAGGACACCGAACCGGAGUUCGAGAACGUGACUAGAGUGCGCCUCGUGCAGUUCCAAAAGAAUACUGACGAACCCAUGGGCAUAACUCUGAAACUGGCUGACGACGGCCGGUGCAUCGUGGCCCGUAUAAUGCACGGUGGAAUGAUACAUCGCCAAGCUACAUUGCACGUCGGAGAUGAAAUCAGAGAAAUUAAUGGCACGCCUGUCGCUAACCAGUCAGUCGCGCAGUUGCAAAGGAUGCUGCGCGAGGCUCGUGGAUCGGUGACCUUCAAAAUUGUGCCAUCCUACCGUUCUGCACCGCCACCAUGCGAGCUUUUCCGGAUAAAGCCUUCGCCCGUGCUAAUAUUCGUCAGGGCACAAUUUGAUUAUGAUCCUUUAGAAGAUGAACUGAUACCGUGUGCCCAAGCUGGCAUUGCGUUUAACAUCGGAGAUAUUCUACAGAUAAUAAGCAAAGAUGAUUCGCAUUGGUGGCAAGCACGCAAGGAUGCUUCAGGUGGUUCUGCUGGUCUUAUACCCAGCCCUGAACUCCAGGAGUGGAGGGCCGCCUGUGCAGCUGCGGAACGCUCGAACACCGACCAAGUCAACUGUUCUAUAUUUGGACGCAAGAAAAAACAGUCGAAAGACAAAUAUCUUGCUAAACACAAUGCAGUCUUCGACCAACUAGAUGUCGUGACUUAUGAGGAAGUCGUUAAGUUGCCAUCGUUCCAAAGGAAAACGAUAGUGCUAUUGGGCGCUCACGGCGUGGGUCGUCGUCACAUCAAGAACACGCUCAUAGCUCGGCAUCCUGACCAGUACGCUUACCCGAUACCACACACUACGCGGCCUCCAAGGACGGACGAAGAGAACGGUCGACACUACUACUUUGUCACGCAUGAAGAAAUGAUGGCGGAUAUUUCAGCCAAUGAAUAUUUAGAAUAUGGAACUCACGAGGACGCAAUGUACGGCACCAAACUGGAAACAAUCAGGCGUAUAUAUUCGGAGCGACGCAUUGCCAUCCUGGACGUUGAACCACAAGCUCUAAAGAUACUUAGGACAUCUGAAUUCGCACCGUACGUCGUGUUCAUAGCUGCACCACCACUAAACAAUGUCGCUGAUUAUGAUGGAUCCCUGGAAGUACUAGUUCGUGAGUCAGAGCAUCUUCGACGGACAUACGGCCACUAUUUCGACCUGACGAUCGUCAACAAUGACAUAGAUGACACGUUAGCGCAACUGGAAGCAGCUCUCGCUAGACUCCGCUCCACCCCGCAGUGGGUGCCAGUUUCUUGGGUCUACUGACAAUCUGACUUUUACCUAUAAAAAUACUAAUAUAUCUGAAUAAUAUCUGAAAAAUAACUACAAAAACAAACACCGGAAAUGGGAAGUGUUAAAAUGUAUUACAUUUUUCGACUAUUUAGAAAUCUAAUGUUUAAUAAUGUACCUCCAAUUCUAAAACAUUCUUUGAAUUGCACUGUAAAAUAUUUAUUUCCAAAUAUUCAAUUAUGUUCACAUCUAAAACUUAAAGUAUUUUUUUUUACAUGUGAUUAUGAAUUUUAUAACGACGGGCAAUUUUCGAAAUGUCAUUCUCUAAACGUAGGUCUGAAAUUAUUUACACCGUUUUACUAACGACAUAAUUUUGUUAAUGAUGUCCAUUUUUUAUUAUAUCUAUUUGGUUUUGUUGAUGAUCAAAAAUGAAACCUACUGUGAUGUCAUUAUGUUAAUUUUUAUUUGUCAAAUUGUAAUCAUGGUUAUAGAAUGAUAUUUCGCAAUUGUUCCUAUCGUAGGUACUCGGAGUGUCAUACUCUAAAGUUAUUCCUAAAACACUUAACAACAAACAUUGAUCACACUUUUUACAUAUAAUUAUAUCUUAGUCUAACGCCAUAUGUCUAUAUAAUAUCUGUGUGAACUCGUCUCAAUAACAAGUUGUUUUAUUGAUCAUUGAAACGUGGAUAAUUUUAGAGUUGAAAAUACUUUUACAGAAUGACAUUCUAUUUUGACACCAAUAUCUUAAUUUUCAUGAUUGAAUACUAGUUCUGAAUUUUGUUAAUCUGUGCAGUUUAUUAUUAUACAAUUGUUGCUGUGUUGAUAUGAUCUUUAUUGAAUUUUGAUUAUAUUUAAACUAACGAUAUUCUCUUGUAUGUUAAACAAAGUUACCUAUAGUGAUAUUAUAAAAUCUAUAGAUUAAAGUUCAAUAGAGAUCAAAUCAUAGAUAUUUAAAUUGAAAGCACAAUGGGGUUAAUAACACUGUAUUAAACAUGAAACUUGUACAUUUCACGUACUACUUUAAAUUGGACACAACACUACAUUUUAUGGUAUAAAAUUGUUUUAGACACUUGCUGUGAAGUUAUGAACAAAUCUUAUUAGACAUUCUCUCAGCUGGUGCUAACCGUCGACGUUUGUUUCUUAAAAGGAUUAUCCUAAGGUAUAUAUACCAUUUUGAAUAUUUCUAAUCUUAAUA